AUGCGUUUCUCCAUCGUCUUCACCACCCUCUCGGCCAUUGCCCUGGCCAACGCCCAGAGCAGUGUCUCCAUCGAGACUGUCGACAACCCUGCCACUCAGUACCUGACCCAGACAAACUCGCUCGGUGUCGUGACCGGCCAGCCUGAUGCCGUUACUACCCAACCCACCGCCGUCACCAGCCAGGCCGCUGCCGUGACCUCGCAGCAGCCCGCCGCCUCCAUCCCCGCCGGCCUGACCUCUCCCGUCGCCGGUCCUGGUGCCACUCAAAGCACUUUGUCCACUGCCUCCAGCAACACUGCCAGCGACUCUUCUGCUACUGGCACCAAGACCUCGGACUCCUCCAAGACCACUGGUACCUCCUCCAGCACUAGCUCGGCCUCUGACUCGGCCUCUACCGGUGGUGCUGCCAUUGCCACUGCUGGCCCCGUCGGUCUCGGCAUGGUUGCCGGUGCUGCUCUUGUUGCUUUCCUGUAA